UUUUUUAUACUAACUCCGGAAAGUUAGAGAGCUAUGUCGACCACUUUGGAAUCUAUUGUCAAUCACAUGGUGUCAAUAAUAACGAGUGACGGCCGAGUCAUCGUGGGCAUGUUAAAAGGUUACGACCAGCUGAUCAACUUGAUUCUAGAUGAUAGUUAUGAGAGAGUCUAUAGUUCUACACAAGGUGUCGAGCAAGUCCUGCUUGGUUUAUACAUCGUUCGUGGGGACAAUGUGGCAGUCAUAGGAGAAGUUGAUGAGGAUGUCGAAAAAAAUUUGGACUUUCCGUCAAUCAGGGCUGAGCCUCUGAACCCAAUAACUCACUAAUCUACACAUCUUCCCACACACAUACACUAUGUAUGUAUGUAUGUAUGCACGUUUGUAUGUGUGUUUGCAUGUUUAGUAUGGCUGUAUGCUGUUUAAUACUGUCGUCACCUUAUUAUUAUUCUAAAUUAUUAUAUGGUAGAAAGAUUUAUGCCAGACAUUUUUGUUUGUUUAAUUACUAAUUAUGGUAUUUAAUAUUAAUAAUCAUAAUAAUAAUAACAAAUAGCAACAAUAGUACAAAUGUCUGGUUAUAUAAAAUUACGGUAAAACAUAAACAAAUAUACAUACACAUAAACAUACACUCACACAUACAAACAUACUUUAUA